GCUUCUCUCUCUAUUUCGAGAUUGCUUCCUUACACCGCUCGCUGCAACUCUACCCCCCCCCCUCCAACCCUCCUUGCUGGACCUUCCUCGUUUUCCUUCUUCCACACAUGUUGAGAUUCAUGUACUAGAACACCUAAGAAGACGAACUGGUCCAAACUUGACGCGAGUUUGCCGCACUUAGUCGGAACAACAUCAAGUAUACGUGGUGUAGUGAUCUGCGGUUGGUGAAAUCGCGUGCGCGAACUGCGAUGCCAGUUCGCCGAGGACCCCUCGGCGAGGUGUGAUCUCUGUUUCGCCUGCCCUCCAUCCACCCACACACACCGUCCUAGUUGCCGACUGUCGCAGUCAUCCUUCCACGAGGGUUUGUCUCGCCCAAGCACCCAUUCAUCCAAGACCAUUUCACGUUGUGCUGGACAGACAGACUUGCUUCUCAUGGGUCGGCAUUUCGUGAUAUCCGAUAGUCCGUGUGAAAGGCGCAUGAUGCCUCCUGUGCUGCUCCAUCGCCAGCAAGGCGGGCUUCCAACCCUUACCCAUUACUCUGCCAUCUACGCGUCUUCACCGUGGUUUGAACACGAAGGUUCCCCACGCCUAAGCUGGUCCUUCCACAAUCACAUUCCCGCGGUAGCUUCAAGACCAAGUGAACGACACAGGACUGGCCCGGAAUGCGUCCUAUGUCUUGAUGAGUAUCCAGGGGUAGAUGCCACGGAUGGCAGGGCCACUAAACCCAACGACGAUCUUGCACAAAUCCGUCUCCUAUACAUGAAGCCAAGAGGCCCGAGACCGGAUGAUGACGAUGAUGAUGCAUAUGUUAUGCCUUUGCAAGACGAAGAACCAAUAGAAACAUCAGUCGUGCCCGGUAACGACACCGAGAGCGAGAUGGGGGGGCGAGCUCCAUGACACCCAAGUGAUCGAGGCAGCGACGGAAGCAUUUACAAGCGCGGCAACAAAAGAAAACCUCGACGAUCCAGCCAAGGAAAAACACGAGCGCGACGGCUUCUUGGAAGCAAGCCCAACUGCAGCCAAGGUGUGCUGCAUGUCCUUUUCCAACUCCCCCCCCCCCCCCC